UCGUUGGACACGAGUCACAUUCGAUCAUCAGGCAUUCUCGGUAACAUGUGCAACAUGAGGACGUACCUACUUUCAUUGUUUCUCGUUUCCGGCGGGCUGGUAGACGGAAGCUUUCCUGUAAAAAAGCUCGCCAAGCGUGGCCUCUAUCACCCGCAGCAACACGGUUCUACAUACGCCGGUGGUUUUACGUCCGACGUUUACGGAUACAAUGAACACAACUAUGGUGGAAACGAUCACGGCUUCGAUUUCGGACAGGGACAGGUACAGGGACACGGACACGGUGGCUACGUUCACAGAGGCGGAAUAGUUUUCGGUGGACACUCGAACGGCUUAAGCCUGAACCAGGGAAACGGCUACGGACACGGGUAUGGCUAUGGUAACGGCCAUGGUUACGGGAAUAGUGUACCACACAAUAUAGUGAACCACGUCGUCAAAGUUCCCGUACCGGUGGCAGAACCGGUACCGGUCAUUCGUAACGUCCCGGUUUCAGUUCCGCACUACGUGCCGGUUGAAGUGAGGCGUCCGGUAAAGGUCCCCGUUCCGCAUCCAGUUCCGGUUGUCGUUGAGAAACCUUACCCUGUACCAGUAGAUCGUCCAGUCCCAGUCUACGUUCCUAGUCCGGUCAAAGUCCCUCAUCCUGUACCUCAACCUUAUCCCGUACCUCCUCCAGUCAACCCACAUCAAGAACACUCCCAUCAUUUUACUCUCCCCUUACCUAGUAAACCCAUUAGUACGAUCCCUAGUAACUCUUACAUUCCGAUCAAUCAACCAACUCACGUUGGCGGAACUUCCUUGGAACAUUCCGGCCUUGACCUUUCAUUCCAGCACAGUAGUAAGCUUACUACUUCCUACGGUGCACCGAGUGUAUCCUACAAAAUUCAGAAUACUGAAUUUAUCAGUGAUAGUCACUCAUCGAAUUCCUUAGAUGAUGGUACUUCUUCCUCAUCUCAUAGUAACGAUGGAUACUCUUAUCCAAUCCCUUCGAUAAAGUUUUCACAUUAG